UUUUUUCUCAGUAGUGGCAGCUGUGGUAAAAGCUCACUAAGCUCAAAAGCAUGAUGCUUUAAACAGGCUUAAACCUAAGAAUCUGUUGGUGCCUUUGCUGGUGCUUGAAGCCCUCCUCACUGUUGGCUUCCUUCUGCUUUGUACCUUGCCUGUUAAAAGGGAGGGGGAGAAGCAGCUGCUAGAUCUGCCUACUGGGGAGAAAAAGGGAGACUGAUGUGAGGUCAGGGAAAAGAAGCCCCCAGUUGCAAACAUGGAGUGGACCUGAAGCCCUGAGGAGACUGGACUCCUUAUUGCUUGUGGCAUUUGUUGCAAGCCAGUGGGUUCAUUGACAGAUGUUGGUGAAAUUCAUUCUCGACUGCUGGAUCACAGACCAGUGAUCCAAGGAGAAAUACGUUAUUUCGUUAAAGAAUUUGAAUGGGAAGAUCUUGGCUUUACACUUACUUUGUGGAAAUAGGAGACUCCUCCCUAGCUUUCUCAUGUGGGCCAUAUGGCUGAGGGAAAAACGUGGCCUCCGUGAACUGAGAGUUCUUGAAAGCCUCAAGAACAUGAUCUAUGAGACAAAUAACCAAAUUCUUCCGAAAUGUGAGCAGGUGAUGCAUGACAGCCUGAAUGAAGCUUUCAAGAGAUUGCAGGCAGCCAGCCAAAGGAUCCACAAACUCCAGGAGAGGGAGCAGGGAGAAAGAGAGGUUCAGACUGACAAGCUGAUGGCUGGUGAAAAGCAGCGCACGGCACUUUGGGAAGCAUUUCUGGAAGAACAGCAAAACAAACAAGCAGAAGUGGAUGAAGAGCACAGAAAAGCAAUGGAACGCCUUAAACAACAAUAUGUUGACAUGGAGAAGGACUUGGCUAAAUAUGUUUCUUUCUAAGAACUUUCAUUUUUCAAUAAUACCUUUUUUUUUUAUUCCAAUACACUCUUGUUUCAGACUGUUCAAUAUUGAGGCUUUUUCAGAAAGCCUAUUCAAAAUGGCAAAAAAACCCAAUUCUCCUGUAUAACAAGUUUGGUUUGGGAAGUUUUACAUACCUCUAACUUUAAGUGCCUCUACAAGCUUUGUUUUUUCAGGAUGACUGGAGUGCCAGUAUUUCUUUAUUUGUGGAGCAGGUGGAACCACCAUAUCAGUUCAAGAAGUUGCAAACUGGAAUUCUUUGCUUAUGAAGACAAAGUUGUCCUGUGGGGUAAAAAAGCCCAAUAGAGUCUGUACUCAGUCAGUACAGACCCAGAGUUCCAUCCCAAAAGAGCUAGAUACCAGUCAUAAAAGGCAGAGAAUGAACAAACACAUAAAUUCCAUUCACUAGCUUGAAAAAAACCAGCUGGUAUUGCAGCAUAGAGCGAGUGCAUUUUGAAAAUUCAGUGGUGAAAGACCAGAAUGUAUUAAAUUCGGCUGCAGUUAUGGUUGUAUUUUUUGGAUUUGUAUGUUGUGUGUUUUAUAAAGUAGUGGUUUAGUAUAAACUGCUCACUCUAGCAAACACACCUUAAGAAAUCUUGGGCUACAGUGACUCCUCUGUACGACUGGCUCACAACUCUUUACCUUUUCAAUUCUAAGCAGCCAAAAGAAGACACAGGGUGACUUUCAAAAGUGCAUCAGUCCUUCCAUUUGUAUUUUAUUCAGUAAAAUGUUUAAGUAUUGGUCAUUCUGGUGGUGCUCUCAGUAUUGUCUGCUUUGUUCGAACCUACUACCUGUAACCUGUUGUAAAAAACGUUACAACAGUUGGGGAAAGAUCUCAAUCUCUGUUUUUGUCAGUAUUGAAAGUAGUGUUAAAGGUGAAACAUCUACAGUAUUACUUUGUGUUCUUAUUAACACGUACUAUGGGGCUUGUGCAGCUCCUGUCAUUACUGUUCCUUUUACCUUAUUUGAAAUAGACAUUUAAUAGCAAUAUCAUUAAAGAACUUAAAGCUUAAUUAUCCUUUUGUAAACCAUGUUACAUGAAAUGCAAUAACAUUGAUGAAACUUGAUGCAAACUAACUUGAGGUACAGGAAAUUUUCUCAAAUAUUUUAACUACUAUGCAAUAUAAAAUAGAAACUGGUAAAAAAAAACACAGUCUUUGCUCGUUAUCUGUGUUGCAAAUGCAGUAUGCUGACAAUGGUUGCUUGUGUACGUUCAUGGCUUGGUGUCAAACCUCCGUUCCUGGCAGCAUGUUGAUAAUGUGAUUAAAGUUAGUAGAGGAGAUGGAAUAAGUAUUUGAGAUUUCUUUCAAUAACACUGAAUUCCUGCCAAACUGCUCUAUCCGCUACUGUGGGCCUGACAGCUUCAUCAAUCAUCGUCAGGUACCUGGACUGCAAAGAGCACUUGCCGACACAGAGGCAUGCUGGAAUGUUGUUAAUUCUCAGUUGUGGGUGGAAAAAACAUAAAUGGAUCCAAAGUAUCCCACACAUGAAAAAAAGGGGGGGGGACUUCCAAACGAAAGCCCCUAUUAACUGCAAGGUGAUUUCUGGAAUGAUUCUAACCAUUUUAUAGUCACUGAUGAAUGGAUGCUGUAACAGAGUAUUCUAUAAAAGCCUAUUUUUUUUUUUAGUAUCUUGCAUCUGUUUUGUAUAGCUGUAUUUUUGUUAUAAAACAUGGAUAAGGAGAACCCACUUUACCAAAAAUGGUGAGCAAUUUGGAAGAUUAAGGAAAAACUGGCCAAUAACUAUGUACAAAACACCACUAGGUACGGUUUAAGAGCCAGCUGGCUAAAACAGAAAUGCAAAUGUCAAUUUGAUAAGAUCAGAACUUGAAAAUAAUAUACAAAAGAUGUUCUUUUCUUUGGUCUUAGAGGCUCUUUCAUCAGGACUUGUUUCUGGUGAAAGUAUUGAACCCAGGCGUUAUAAUGCGAAAGAAAUGUGGUUUUAGUUUUGUUUAGUGUUUUUGUGGGGUUUUUUUAAACUUUGGAAUAUGUAAAUAUAUUCUUGUUUCAAAGAGCAAGACACUCAUUUUUAUAUUGAUGUUCACAGUCACUUUAAAGAUCAACCAAAAGCCCUGCCUUCCACAAGAUGUUUUGUUAAAAUGUUCUUAAUUCCCAAAUAUUUCUGGUAGAAUUCACUUAGAUUUUCAGAACUGCACAAAGUUGUAAUUUUUGCCUCUUUUGUUUUACCUUGUUGAAGGAAAAGUAGAGCUGUGGCUUUAAUACUUCCCAUUUGAGGGCUGGCUUGGCAAUGAUACAGAUGUUGAAAGUCUAGUGUAUGCUUUGGAAAUGCCAGCAAUGGGAUUUGUGCUCCUGAAUCCAUGGGUGCUUUUGAAGAUCUGCUUCUUCUCUUUAUUAUGAGAAUAUUGCAGUUAAUGGAAUGUCCCUUCAGAUGUUCUUUAACAUGCAAUAUACCUAUUUGUUGACUCUCCUUUUUUUAUUAUUAUUCAUUUGGGGACUGUAUAAAAAUACUGAAUUAUUGAAUGACUUGACUGAACUUUGAGUAUUGUGUGCUGUAGUUCUUGAAACAGAUUAACAAUGUAUGCACGCUUUGACUGGGGAGAGGCUUGGCAGAAUGGAUGAAAAAAUGCUUUGCUGUGAAAUGUAAAAAGAAAACUGUUGGGUUAGUUAUUGCGUAGAAAGCUCAGUACGUGCAUUGUGUAUGAACGCAGAGCUUUUAACCCUAUCACACUUCAGUAUCUGUUUUGCGAAUAAAGCUGUGGUUGUUGAUGCGUCACAAUGAA